CGUAAACGACUUAAUGUAUUCGAGUUCACGACGUGUUCUUUACUAGAAUUGCUUACGUAAACGACGAAGGUAGACGCAAAAGGGAUGGCACGAUCGCACGGUAUUUGGGUUAGGAGGUGAACAGGUGUGCGACCGCGGACUCGCGGGUGUGAGGCCCGUGAAGGGGGGCACGAUGUCAGAGGGGGUCAAAACGUGCAGUGAACUAGUAGAGCGGCUCGCACGCGCAGUCUCCGCGCUGGGCACUCACGCGCACCAUGGCGACCGCUCUCUUCACGCGCAAAGAGGUCGAGAGCCGAAACACGAAGAACGACGCCGUGAUCAUCAUUGACAACGUGGUAUGCGACGUAACGCGCUUCCUGCUCGACCACCCCGGCGGCAUCGAGGUGCUUCUGGACAACGCCGGCAAGGACGCAUCCAAAUGCUUUCACGACAUCGGGCACAGCGAGUACGCUCGCGACUGGAUGCAGACGUUCGCCAUCGGCGAGGUGGUGCCAGAAGAGAGGCACGAAGUGCUGCCGUGGCCACCGGCGGGCAGCGAGGCGCAGGCGUCGGCGGAGCAAUGGUCGGUGCGUGGGCUAGUGGACGCGUGCGGCGCGCCGCUUGUGCUCGCGGUCUGCGCCACGGUUCUCUACAUGUACCUUUUCGCGUAGAGGUGGCUGGCGGCGGGCAUUUGGAGCCGCGUCAAGGUCGAUGACUCUAUCGUGCGAGUGGUGGCGGGACCUUACUUAUAUAUCGUACAUUUCAAAACAUUUCUAUAUUUGUGUAAGAAGUUUUUAUUCGGAGACAAAAGUGUAAAGUUGGUGACCGGGAUAUACGGCAUUAAGCUAUAAGCUAUAUUUGCUAUUAAAGGCUUUGUCCUCGUUUGGAAUUUGAUUAUUCAUAA